ACGAAGGUUCUAUUUUUCCUCGACAACAAUCAAAUAGAGAGAUCUACCUCGUAGACAUCUCUUAAUUUCAAUUCCAAUCUUCAUAUUCUACGAGAGCACUGUAACCGUAAAUCGAUAUACGUCUCAUUAAAUUCACAAUGUUGACAUCAUCGUUUCUUAAUGUUUUCAUCCUCGUCUUAGCCUUAGUCCCCUCCAUAUUAUCGGCACCAGCAACAAGUUUAACGAAAGACUACUACCAAAAAUCAUGUCCCGAUUUCAGUAAAAUCGUUCGUGAAACAGUUACAACAAAGCAAGCCCAACAGCCAACGACAGCUGCUGGAACGCUCCGUGUCUUUUUUCACGAUUGUUUCUUAGAAGGAUGCGACGCGUCCGUACUAGUCGCCACAAAUUCUUUCAACAAAGCUGAACGCGACGACGAGCUCAAUGAGUCGCUUCCAGGAGACGCGUUUGACAUCGUGACGCGCAUCAAGACUGCUCUUGAAUUGUCUUGUCCUGGUGUGGUGUCAUGCGCAGACAUCCUGGCUCAGUCCACGCGUGACCUUAUCACAAUUGUUGGUGGACCUUUCUAUGAAGUCAAAUUGGGUCGUAAAGAUGGGUUUGAGUCGAAAGCCCAUAAAGUUCGAGGAAACAUUCCAACGGCAAAUCACACGGUCCACGACAUGAUGUCGAUAUUCAAAAAGAACGGUUUUACUCUAAAGGAAAUGGUUGCACUUAGCGGCGGGCACACUGUGGGAUUUGCUCAUUGCAUAGAAUUCAGCAACCGGUUAUUUGGACCACGGGCUGAUCCAGAGCUCGAUUCGCGAUACGCAGACCGUCUUAAAGAUCUAUGCAAGCAUUACACGGUAAAUAAGACGAUGGCAGCAUUUCUCGACCCGAUAACACCAGGAAAAUUUGAUAAUAUGUACUUCAAGAACUUGAAAAGAGGGCUUGGACUGCUAGCUUCCGACCACGCCUUGUUCAAAGACAAUGGCACUAGACCGUUUGUGGAUUUAUAUGCGGAUAACCAGACGGCUUUCUUCGAGGAUUUUGCUCGUGCCAUGGAAAAACUAGGCAUGGUCGGCGUUAAAGGCGAUAAAGAUGGAGAAGUGAGACGCAAAUGUGAUCACUUUAACAAACUUAACGUAUAA